UUUACAACAUUAUAACAUUUCAACAAAUGGCGAGUACAAAGAUAACAUUUCUUUUCCAUUUUUAGAUAAAUCAAGUGUCUACAAAAUAAUUAACCAUGAUUAAGGCAAUUUUAGUAUUCAAUAAUCAUGGAAAGCCACGAAUGUCGAGGUUCUAUCAGUAUUAUCCCGAGGAUAUGCAGCAGCAGAUAGUCCGUGAAACUUUCCACCUAGUAUCCAAGAGAGACGACAAUGUGUGCAAUUUCCUGGAGGGUGGAACGCUGAUCGGUGGCUCAGACUUCAAGAUCAUCUACAGGCACUACGCCACGCUGUACUUCGUGUUUUGUGUGGAUUCCUCCGAGAGUGAGCUGGGGAUCCUGGACCUCAUACAGGUGUUUGUGGAGACCCUGGACAAGUGUUUUGAGAAUGUUUGUGAGCUUGAUCUUAUCUUCCAUGUAGACAAGGUUCACUACAUCUUGGCCGAGCUGGUAAUGGGGGGAAUGGUGCUGGAGACGAACAUGACGGAGAUCAUCACCCGCAUAGAGGAACAGAACAAACUGGAGAAGUCAGAGAAAAAACGUGAUUUAUUGGUAGGGGAAUUAUAUGUAGCGGGCAUUGCAGCAGCGCCAGCCCGGGCCAUGUCUGCCAUGAAGGACAUGAACAUUCCACAGAAGAUCAAGGACAUGAAACUGCCAGAUCUGCCCAGUAUUGGAAACCUCAAGUUUUAAAUGGGGUAUAGGUCACGCAGAUUAAUGCUUUAACUAUAUAUGUGUAUGUGGGUAAAUGUUAACAUGUGUUAUGUUGAAGAUGGUAAGUGUUUUUGGAAGAAUAAAAUUACAAACAUAAAUAUAUAUGGAAGAAUGAUUUUGUUUGACUGUGUGUAUGUGGUAGAAUAAUGGCAUGUGUUUUGGGAGGCAUAAUGACAUGUAAACAGAAUAUGGAAGAAUACUUAUAUGUGAAAUAAGGAGUUGCACAUGUACAUUGUAGAAUUUACAGUCAAAAUGGUGUUUAUAUUGAUUACUUUGUCAUUUUUAUUUCUUGUCAUAACAUUUCACAAACAAAAACAUUUCAAACUAAUAACAUUUCACAAACUAAUAACAUUUUACAAAAUACAGUCAAAACUUGCUAUAUCGAAUUGUUGAGACAAUGGGUAAUACUAUAAGAUAACCAACAUCCCAUUUAAACGAAAUUCAAGAAGCGUCUAACUUAGUCCAACUCCCUAAAUGUUUGACCUAACGAGAACAUCGAGAUAACAGAAUUCUAUAUAGCGAGUUUUGACUGUAUUAGCAUUUCACAAGUGAAGUUUCCAUGUCAAAUUAUUAUAUCGCUUAGACUUGUUUUUGUUGGAUGUUUGCUAAUGUUGAUACUUUUACUACCACAGUGCGUGCUUGGUAGCAUAACUGUUAUAUUCUUUAUAUUCAAAUUGUGCAAUAUCAUGAAUUUGUUUUAUAUAAUUGACCAGUCGCCAGGCAUCAAGUGAACAGUAUGUUGACCCUUAAAAGUAUCAUAAAAUUAAAAUCCAUUAAUAAACGAUGGUACACCAUAGAAAAUCAGAGUGAUUUAUUGAAAAACAAAAUUUGCAAAAAGGAGCUGUCAGAUAAAAAUCGUAUCUGGGACUGGUUAAUUACAUGUAUGGUCGAACCACACAAAAUAUUCUCAUUGGAAUACUGUUUUUCUUGUGUCAUUAAUCAAUAAUUUUAUCAAUUGUGAUUUUGUAGCAGAUUAGUGUUUUAUUUAAAGGAAAAUAAAAUGAGAA